AUGAGCUGUCGCUUCCAGAGCUCCUCUGCCAGCUAUGGAGGUGGUUUCGGGGGUGGCUCUUGCCAGCUGGGAGGAGGCCGCAGUAUCUCCACCUGUUCAAGCCGGUUUGUCUCUGGGGGAUCAGCUGGGGGAUACGGGGGUGGCAUGAGCUGUGGCUUUGGUGGAGGUGCAGGUAGUAGCUUUGGGGGUGGCUUUGCAGGUGGCUUUGGAGGUGGCUUUGGUGGCAGUUUUGGUGGUGGUUUUGGUGACUUUGGUGGUGGCGAUGGUGGCCUCCUCUCCGGCAACGAGAAGAUCACUAUGCAGAACCUCAACGACCGCCUGGCCUCCUACCUGGAAAAGGUACGUGCCCUGGAGGAGGCCAACGCAGACCUGGAGGUGAAGAUCCGCGACUGGCACCUGAAGCAGAGCCCAGCCAGCCCGGAACGUGACUACAGCCACUACUUCAAGACCAUCGAAGAGUACCGGGACAAGAUCCUGGCUGCCACCAUUGACAACAACCGGGUCAUCUUGGAGAUUGACAACGCCAGGCUGGCUGCGGAUGACUUCAGGCUCAAAUAUGAGAAUGAGCUGGCUCUGCGCCAGAGUGUGGAGGCCGACAUCAACGGCCUGCGCAGGGUGCUGGAUGAGCUGACCCUGGCCAAGACUGACCUGGAGAUGCAGAUCGAGAGCCUGAACGAGGAGCUGGCCUACAUGAAGAAGAACCACGAGGAGGAGAUGAAGGAGUUCAGCAACCAGGUGGUGGGCCAGGUCAACGUGGAGAUGGACGCCACCCCCGGCAUUGACCUGACCCGCGUUCUGGCGGAGAUGAGGGAGCAGUAUGAGGCCAUAGCAGAGAAGAACCGCCGGGAUGUUGAGGAAUGGUUCCACAACAAGAGUGCAGAGCUGAACAAGGAGGUGUCUUCCAACGCAGAAAUGAUCCAGACCAGCAAGACGGAGAUCACAGAGCUCAGGCGCACACUCCAGGGCCUGGAGAUUGAACUGCAGUCCCAGCUGAGCAUGAAAGCCGGGCUGGAGAGCACGGUGGCGGAGACAGAGUGCCGCUACGCCCUGCAGCUGCAGCAGAUCCAGGGGCUCAUCAGCAGCAUUGAGGCCCAGCUGAGUGAGCUCCGCAGUGAGACGGAGUGCCAGAACCAGGAGUACAAGACGCUGCUGGACAUCAAGACGCGGCUGGAGCAGGAGAUCUCCACCUACCGCAGCCUGCUUGAGGGCCAGGAUGCCAAGUAG